UUUAUCACAACGACAUGUUUCUUCAACUUUCUGGAUUCAACAAUAUUGCAUUUUGGGAAAGAAAAUCUUCGCAUAUCCUUCCGGGAUAAAGAUUUUAAACCUGGAAGUACCUUUGCAGAAGAAGUUGUGGAGUUCAUAAACAUAAGUAAAUGUGUUGUUUUUGUCGUCACACAAACAUUUUUGAAAUAUGACUGGGGAACAUAUGAAAUCCAGGUCGCAAAAAUCCAUGCAAUUCAUAAAAACGCCCGGAUUUUAUUAAUUAUCAAGGACGACAUCGGAGUUGAGGAUCUUCCUCGAGAUCUCCUGUACGUUUGGUGGAAAAUUAAACCAAUCAGAUGGCCUGACGCUGACAACGCGGCAAAGAGGGAGAAGUUCUGGAGGAAGUUUAUUAAGUCGAUCAAGGAAUCUUAAAUCUUGUUUUAUUGUUUGAAGGAAAGUGAAAAAUUAACAGCAAUGGGACCAGAUAUCAAGGAACAUUUUCGAUAUUAUUAAACUCCAAUGGCUGCUUUACAUGCAAGUCAUUUGUUUUAUGUGACAGGCGGAUGUGAUCGGUCAACAGGGGCACCUUAUUCCUCAUUGGGAUUUGAUUCCACCUCAAGAAUUCCCAGGGGCCAUGUUAAAUGCCCUAUUAAAAUAUUUGUAUCUUUUAUAGGCUUGGAGGUAUCAUUUACUUUUCGUUAUUUCCACCUAUUUCAUUAAAAUCUUUAACAUAAACAUAUAUCUUAUGAUGCAACAUUUUUAAAGAAUGUAUGAAUCUAUUUACUGUGA